AUGAUAUCCCGACUAUCCCAGGUUGCGAGACACCUCUCGACUUCGCCUACGAGCCUCCUCAGAACCGGCCACCAAGCUUCCAGCAUCCUCUCUCGCAGAAUGGCCUCGGCUGACGAGCGCAAUGCGCGGGCGAUACACACCGCGGCCUGCCUCAUCAUUGGGGAUGAGGUGCUGGGAGGGAAAACGGUUGACACCAAUUCGGCGUAUUUGGCGAAAUGGUGCUUCUCACUAGGUAUUGUCAUUGCCGACGAUGAGAGUGAGAUUAUUGAGGCUGUCCGCCGUAUGAGUGACAACUACGACUUUGUUGUUACCAGGCAUGACGAUAUCACAUAUCAGUCCAUCGGCAAGGCGUUUGGCCUGCCCUUGUGUCUUCACCAACAAGCCUACGAGCGGAUGCGAAAGAUCUCUGUCCCUCACCCGUCACAGCCCAACUUUAACUGGGAGGAUGACACGCCGGCUAAGAGGGCGAGAUUGCGCAUGGUGCAGCUUCCCAUUGAUGAGAAGAGAGAUGUCGACAAGCAGGUCAUCUUCCCUCACGACGAUCUCUGGGUGCCGGUUACCGUCGUGAACGGAAACAUUCACAUUCUUCCGGGUGUCCCCAAGCUUUUCCAAAAACUACUUGACGGACUAGGCCCUUUCGUCCUCCCGAGACUCGCAGGCGAGGGCAAGGGCAUCUUUCGAGUCAUCAUCUCGACUCCUCUAGCUGAAAGUCUCGUCGCGGACUAUCUAACAACUCUCGCCGCGAGGGUAGAGCCACAGGGCGUUAAGGUCGGCAGUUAUCCACGAUGGGGCGAGGCGCACAACACGGUAACAUUGGUAGGCCGAGAUAAGGAUUUCCUUGAGAGCUUGGUCGCAGAGGUGGAGGAGAAUGUGCAGGGCAAGAGGAUCGAGUCGGAGGAUGUGCUCGAUGCGGAGCAGAAGAAGAACACUGCGGAUCUUUCGUGA